AUGUCUUUUGACCAUAUUUUCGGCAAGACUGGUUCAGGUUGGCUGGUGCCAUUGGAGUACGAUGUCCUUCUGACUUAUCGUCUCAGUCGGACCAGCGGUCUAGAAGAAUGGGAGGCGCCAGAUCCGGCAGAAUGGAUUCAGCGUGGCUAUGCCGUAGUCAACACGGAUGCUCGUGGCACAUUCAAGUCGGAGGGCAAUAUGGCUGUUCAUGGUACGCAAGAAGGGCGUGAUGGUUACGACACGUUUUUUGAUCGAUACCUGAAAGGCAAAGCAAUGGAUGGGAAGAAACUCCAAAAUUGA